CGCUCCUGCCCAUCCUCCAGACCUACAAGAUGACCUCCUUGAAGAAUUUAAAUUCAUCAAGAUCCAGUUUCUGCCUCCCAACACCACUCUGUUACUCCAGCCUAUGAACCAGCAGGUUAUUUCUAACUUUAAGAAGCUGUACACUAAAGCACUCUUCGAGCGUUAUUUUGAGGUGACCGAAGGGACCAAUCUCACUCUCAGAGAGUUUUGGAAAUAUCACUUUCACAUCGUUGCCUGCCUCAAGAUGAUCGAAAAGGCGUGGGAAGGGGUUACCAAGAGAACCCUCACUUCUCCUUGGAAGCUUUGGCCGGAGAGCGUUGUCAAAUGUGACUUUGAGGGGUUUGAGAUAGUACCAGUGGAGCCUAUAGUCAAUGAGAUUGUGUCUUUGGCCAAGAUCAUGGGGCUGGAGGUGGAUAACAAUGAUAUCGAUGAGCUUGUGGAAGAGCACAACCAAAAGCUGAUCACCGAAGAGCUUAUGGAGUUGCAUUACCACAUCUUGGAGUGUGAGAAAACCUCCUGGGAAGCUGUUGCCUGUGGUGGCCCUGUGUCACCCUUACAUAAAGUGAGUGGUAAGCAGANGGGCUGGAGGCGGAUAACAAUGAUAUCGAUGAGCUUGUGGAAGAGCACAACCAAAAGCUGA